AUGUUACUAAAUUUUAAGGAAACUUUCACUGAUGGACAAAAAGACAUGCAAUCUUCUUCUUUCACACUUUUGAAAAAUUCAAAUGUACUACAUAAGUUGGCUUUUAUGAAACAGCAUCCAAUUCAGCCUUCAUUUUCAAACUCUCAUUUACACAUUCAAAAACUGUAUAAACGAAAAAUGCCUGAUGGAAAAGAAGUUUCUCGGAAUUGGUUGUCGGUUCAUGUAGAAAAUAAUGAAUUAAAAUCAGUAUAUUGUCCUAUUUGUAUAGCAUUUAGUAGUCAUCAGUCCCCUUUUAUAAAUGGAUAUAAAGAUUUCAAACACAUUCACAUAGCUGUUAAAAAACAUGAAGAGAGUCGUUCACAUAACUUUGCUGUUCAAAAUUAUAUUCAAGCCUCAUCUGAACAAUGCAUUGAGUUUAAGGUCAACAGAAAUUUAUUAAAUUUAAAAAGGAUUCAAGUACAAGAAAACAUUCAUGUAGUUGAACAGAUAUUUGAUAUUAUAAAAUUUCUUGGAAAACAAAGUCUACCUUUUAGGGGUUCUGGAUAUUCAGAAGGUCUUUAUCAGUUAGGUAGAAUUGGAAAUCACCAUUUAAACAAUGGAAACUUUUUAGAAUUGGUCCAAUUUACUGCAAAAAGAGAUUCAAUUUUACAAAAACACCUAACACUAGCAAUAAAAAAUAGUGAAAAACGAAAGCUAAGUUUAAAAAACCAAUCUAAAGGUAGAGGUUCAUUGGUGACAUUAUUGUCAAAAACAACUAUUAAUAAAAUUAUUAUUGCUAUUCUUCAGUCUAUAAGGAAUAAAAUUAAAAACGAAUUGUGUAAUCAAAAAUUCAGCCUCCAAGUCGACAGCACUCAAGAUGUUAGUGUAUCUGAUCAAGCUGCUAUUUAUAUACGCUAUAUAUACAAUGGAGAAAUUACUGAAAGACUUUUUGCUGUUUUAAAGAUUAUUGAUUCUUCUGAAUCAUUUGAUGGAGCUUCAAACAUGAGGGGAGCAUUUAGUGGUCUUCAAUCAAGGAUAAAACAUGAAAAUCCAAAAAGUAUCUAUAUUUGGUGUUAUAGCCAUAUCCUAAACUUAUGUAUUAGUGAUGCAUGCAAACAUAUUGAUGCUAAAAAUCUAUUUGGAUUUUUAAAUAGGUUAUCAACCUUUUUUGAGGACUCGUACAAACGUAUGAAUGUGUGGAUCAAACAAAAUAAUACUAUCAAUGAAAGAGUCAGCUUGAAAAAACUUCAAAAAGUGGGUGAAAAUAAUACUAGAUGGUGGUCUAGGGAAAAAUCUUUAUUUUGGGUUUUUGAAGGAAAACAAUGUUUAUUUUUGACUGUCAUUAGUGCAUUGAAUUUUGUAAUGCAGUCUCCAGAUUUUGAUUCAAAAACUUGUUCUGAGGCAUCAUCUUUAAUUGAAAAACUAUAUUUGCAGACUAAAAACAUGGAUCUGUUGACUGCAUGGGAUAUGGUAGAAGUGACUAAAUCAGAAAUUACUAAAUUAAAAUUUGAAACUAUUUAUAAGGAAUCCCAAGAAUUCAUUAAACAAAUGAAUGAAAAACUGUACGAAGUUUUGUCUGUUCCUAUUGAUAAGUUUAGAGUUGGAACAUAUGUAGAAAUUAUAGACCAAAUAAUAAGUAGUUUAAAUCAAAGAUUUUCUGCCAACAGACAGUUAAUAGCUGAUAUUCAGUAUUUUAUUCCAAAAAAUUUUGAUUUGGUUGUUAGUAUGCCAAACAUAGCUUUAACAUAUUUAUCUGAAGUGUCAAACAUUCCAAAAGAUAAACUUCAUUCAGAGUUAAAGAGUUUUGUUGCAGUUUUUCCAAAAAUAUCUACAUCAAUUAAAGAACGCACUCAGACAAUGUAUCAAGAGCAAUAUGUUUCAGAAAAUGAUGAUAAUAAUGAAGAAUCAAUUAAUGAAUUUUCUGAUAUAUUAGAAGACAAUACUCUUGAAUUAAUUGGUAAUGAUUUCUACCAGGAGAAGAAGUGUUCUUUAAGUAUCGAUCAUGAUCCGAAAAAUUGCUUAAACUGUGUGUACAAAGUAUUAUAUUCAUUAAAUUUACAUGUUUCAUCUUAUAGUUAUCUUUGUGAAGCUUAUGAAUUUUUUUUAACUUUAUCUGUAACACAAGUGAAUUGUGAACGGACAUUCAGUAAACUUAAAAUUACAAAAAAUCGUCUUCGUUCUAAUUUAAGCUCAGAACAUUUAGAAGCAUUACUAAUUAUGUCAAUUGAAAAACAGCUGUUAGAAGAUGUAGAAGUAUCUGAUAUUAUUAAUUACCUUAAAAGUACAUCAACUUUAAUGCUAAAUAUGUUUACAUAA